AUGGCGGAGGAGCUUGACGCCGCGGCCUUUGUGGGCGCCCUGUACCGCAAGGUGCUGCUCUCUGUGAAGGCGUCCAACGCGGUUCCGUCCGAGGACGAUGGCUUCCACUUCCACAGCCAGUUCAGCGCCGAGUUCGCGGCGCGCUCCAAGAGCUCCGGCGCCAAGGCCGAGGCGCUCGUGCGACUGCUGACCAAGCGCCGGUGCGGUGACGCGGACGGAGACGACGCCGGCGACAGCAGCGACGAGGACGAGGACGAGCAGCAGGAGCUCUUCGACGGCCCGGAGCCCAACGCGCGCGUCACGGACUACGCCGACAUGCUGCUGGACGAGGCCACCAAGCACCUGGCGCGCUUCGUGCGCGGCGAGACGGAGCCUUCCGCCGACGCGUCGACGCUGCGACCGCUGGAGAACAAGCCGCACGUGUUCGAGACGAACAAGAAGGCCAGGAAGAACGAGAAGGAGGGGCAGGCCGAAAAGAAGAUGGCUCGAGGAGCGCAGGACAAGCCCCAAGACAGAUUCGACGAGAAGAUCGACAACUCGGACGCGCCCUUCGUGUCCAAGCUGCGCGAGAAGGUGCACGCGCUCAAUGACGGUGCUGCAGUUGUUGCAGACGACGAGGAUGAUGAGAUGGCUCCGCGUCACCCGUACUUCCCGGAGAUCAAGGCGCUCAAGUACGCGCCCUGGCAGUUGGAAGCGUCCGACGAACCGUACGAGAUGGUGGAGCUGGAGAAGGCAUCGUACCUGUGGGUGGACUCGGAAGAGAAACUGGUGCAGAUGAUGAAGUCGCUGACUGCCGUUGAGGCCCGCGUGAUUGCGGUGGAUCUGGAGCACCAUAGCUACAGGUCGUACAUGGGACUUACGUGUCUGAUGCAGAUCUCCACUGCGCGCGAGGACUUCCUGGUGGAUACGCUGGCACUUCGUGGCAAGCUGCAAACGCUGAAUCAGGUCUUCUGCGACCCGGCGAAGGUGAAGGUGCUGCACGGUAGUGACAUGGAUAUCUUGUGGCUGCAGCGCGAUCUUGGGCUGUACAUUGUCAACCUGUUCGACACCGGUCGCGCGGCGCGUUUGCUGCAGUAUCCGCGCUUCUCCCUGGCGUACAUGCUCAAGCGCCAUUGCAACAUCGACGCUGACAAGCAGUACCAGCUGGCUGACUGGCGCACUCGCCCGCUCGACAAGAACAUGGUCAAGUACGCGCGUGAGGAUACGCGCUACCUUUUGUUCAUCUACGACCGUCUGAAGAAGGAACUGCUUCAGGCUGGAGCGAAGUCUCGUGAAAGUUUUCUGUUUCAGACGCUUCAGAACUCCAGCAAGCUCUGUUUGCAGGUGUACGAGAAGCCCCAGCCGACGGAGGAGGACGCGUUGGCACUGGGCGAGAAGCUCAAGGGCACUGUGAACACCCAAGAACUCUCGGAGCUCCAGAAGCGUGUGAUCGUAGCUCUGUACCUGUGGCGCGACCGCGUCGCUCGUCAAGAGGACGAGUCAGUGGCCUACGUGAUGGCCAACCACGUGCUCAUGAAGCUUACCAAGCACCUUCCAGUGCGCUCCGACGAGCUGUUCCGCGCGUGUCACCCUGUGCCGCUGCUUAUCCGCAAGCAUGCACUUCAGAUCACCAAGAUGAUUGUCGCCGAAAAGGCAAAACUGUCAGAAGAAGAGUCGAAGGCAGCGCAGGCUCCUGAACCCGUCGCUGUCAAACCAACAAGGAAGACGUGGAAUGAGGAUGGAGAGGAGAAGAUAGUGACUUCAUCGAGUCUGAAGCGCGUAGGCCGUGCUGCGUACGCUCCUUGGAAGAGUGGUCAGCGCAAGGCUGGCAUUGCUGGCGAUGCUUCAACUGGAUCGUCGUCGUCCAGCACUGCUCAGCCUAUGGCUCUCGGAAUUGACGUUGCCGAGACUAUUAUCAAGGAGCCGGAGACAGCAGCCGAGCUGCUCGAGAAAGUCAACGCCUUGGUGGCGAGCACAACGUUCACAAUUGCAGAGAGCGAGCCUGUCGAGACACCAGUAACGCAGCCGGCGUCCUUGUCCGAGACGCCCGCCAAGGAUGACAGCAGCGAGCAGGAGUCCAAGCCCAAGAUCCCUCAGUCCAUCUCGGAGGCCUAUCACAUGUCGAACCGGUCCAAGCGGCGGAAGAUGGACACGUCGUCGGCUUCGCAGGUCAAGGACCGGGCGCAGGCGUUCAUGCAGAAGGUCGACGGAGACGACAGCAAGGUCGACGAAGAAGACAAGAGUGGCUUCCAGAGCUUCGAUUACGCUGCUGCCAGCUCUCAGGUCGCUGGAGCCAAGUUCGAGUUGAAGAAGAACGAGGACGAGGACCGACGUGGCGGUCGCGGCGGUCGUGGCGGUCGUGGCGGCAACAACAAGAAGCAGGCCGGCUACAACCCGUUCGUGGGCAUGAGUGGCAAGGGCAAGAAGGGCAAGAGCUCGGACGAGCCGCAAGCUGGCCGGAAGCCUGUCAAAAAGAUGCACCACAUGCCGAGAAGCGCCACGAAAAAUAUACACAAUCCUUACCACAAGCGUUAUAUUAUACCUCUACAUUUUAGCGCCAUUUUGGAAAAACGGACCAAGCAGCCGACGCGAUCUCCGAUGGCUCGUAGCGCCGCGCUCAAGCGCGUCUCGCCCGCGUCGCUCAAGUCGGAGGAAGGGGAAGGCGCCGCCAAGAAGCUCAAGGCCUCGGUGGACGUGGCCAGCGAGGCGGCGGCCACGGUGCGCAGCGGGCCGCUCGAGGCGGAGGACAGCGAGUCGGACCCCAUCGACGAAGGGGACGACGCUCAGACGUCCACUUCAGCAACCAGUAACGGCAUCAAGCAUGACGAAGAGGACGGAGAAGAAGACGUCGAAAUGGCUGAUGCGGAGGCCUCGGCGGGCCAGGAGACAGCAAAAAUUAAGGCAGACAGCAAAAAGAACGGGGCAGCCAAGUCUGCGUCUAAGAAGCCAGUCAAGAAGCGCGCAAAGCCUGCUGCGAAGUCUGCUGCCAAUGGGAAGACGAAAGCUGCCGCCAAGCCCAAGGCAAAGGCUAAGCCUGCUGCGAAGCCGAAGGCUAAGGCUGCACCGAAGCGGAAGACCCGGACGCAGGAGGAUAAGGUGAAGGAGAACGCGCCGCUUGCUGCGCCAUUCUUCGUGGAGACGGGGGCCGAGUGGAACAACACGAACAUCGACUUUGACGAGCUAAGUGUGCUGAGGUCGAGGUGGGAGCUGCCUGCAGCUUGCCAUAUUUUGUGGCUGCUGCAGAGUCCGCUGACACUGCGCUUCUCCAACACGCUGCUUGAGUACGAGGCAGCGCUGCUGAAGCCGGAGGAUAGUCCCGUGCUGGAAGAUGUGUUCACGAAGCUGCUGCUGAAGAAGAGUGAGCGCGAGUGCUUGAGCGCUGGCAUUGGACUCAAGUACGAGUGGUGGAACAAACAGCUGCGCAUUUACUACCUGGACAUGUACGACAAGUGGUACGCACUGCUGCGCAAGGCAGGAGAACGGCUACCUGAAACAUUUUCGCAAGAUGAGGACGAUGACGAUGACAGCAGCGCGGACGACAAGACCGACGAGCAGGUGGAUGUGGAGCUGACUGACGACGAGUGGCUGACGCUUGAUAUCCUGAAGGCGCGCCUUGAAACGCUUGGCAUGGUUUGCCCGCUUAAGCACCAGUCAUUCGCGGACUUGUCGAUCGAGUUGCGAUGCAAAAUUCUGUUGAACUUGUGCGAGGCCGUGGUAGAUGAUCCGGCCAACACUGAAUAUAUGCGCCAAAUGGAAGACGAUGACCUGCGCGUGGAGCCGCUUGGCAACGACCGCGCCGGCAACAUGUAUUACUUUUUCCCGCAGUUCUACGAGGAGCGGCGGCUGUACAGAUUGGACCCGGAGACCCAGCAGUGGGCGCUCUGGGCAAAGGGGGAUGACGCCUUCCGCUCUAUGCUGAAGGCUAUGAAGGAAGUCCGUGGUCGUAAGAUUCGCGGUGAACAGGAGCUUCUGGAUCAUCUGGAGGUCAUUGUAGAGCAGAUUGAGGAUGAAGACGAAGCGCGCGCCCGGCAGCUGGAGAAGGCCAACCGCCUAGCGAUUCUCGAGGCGAUCCCUCGCAAGCGUUCGCUGCGUCUGCAGGUGAAGCAGCUGGAGAAGAUGGAGAGGCACCAGGAGGAGCUGGAGCAUCAGAAGGAGCUGUCCAUGGAGGAGAUCGCAGAAAUGAAGCGCGCCGAGUUGCUGCGCAAGGUGGAGAAGGAGGCUGAAAAGGAGGCUCGUGACGCCGAGCGGGAGGCUCGCCGCUUACACCGCGAGCAGGUGGAGCGGGAAGAGGCCCAGGCUGAGCGCGAGCGACGCCGUCUUCGCCGUAUUGAGAAGGAAAAGGAGGAUGAAAGGCUGGAGCAGUUAGCCCAGGAAGAGCGCAGGAAGCAGGAAGAGGCGCGCGAGCUCCGCGCCCGUCAACGGCACGGGGUAGAGGAGUGGCAGCAAGUAGAGCAGGAUGACCAGGGCGCGGUGGAAGAUGCAACACCGACAAGCACCGCAGCAGAGGCUCCUGAGCAGGUUCCAGCGCCCGCAAAAACGCCAUGA